UCCAAUUUUGGACUUUAUAUUCUGAUAUCCUUCUCAUUUCGUAGGUGCAUUCCGAUAUUCAUUGCCAAUACUAAAAGUCUAUAAUCUAUGUGAAAUGAACUAUAUAUUUUCGAUACUAGUAGUAAAUAUCGGAACGCUGCCACGGGCGACAUGGCUGAGAAGCGCAAAUGACAUGAGUAGCGUAUUGUCAAAUAGAAUAGGAAAAAAAUUUUUUUUAAGUGUUCUUUUAAGUGUUAAAUUACAUUUAUGUUUACAAUCACAUAUGCUUGUGUCAUGAUUUUCAUAUGUUCUGCUCAACUACAUUCCACAUCUCACCAGUUUUCUGUUCUCAACUUUCUGUUCAUUUUUUUUACAACAUGUCACUGUGCAAUACCACAAGCAAAUCAAGAAGAUGUGCUUCGCUCGUUCAAGAGUUAUUCCGAUGUAACGAUGUUUCAUUAUAUGGUACCAAAAGAGGUACCUCGAGCUACAUGGCAGUUUGCCGCUUUUAUGGACAAUCCUACGUGCCAUCCACGGAAAGUUUAUAUACAUUUGAAAUUUGGUAGCUAUCCAGUGAUUACUGGGAAUAAUGAAAAAAUUCCAGUGAAUAAAUCUAUUGGACAAGAUGAUGAUAUUAUUGUCACUACUGUCACAACUUAUCGAUCAAAAAAUAUAACUAUUCUUCCGAUAUAUGAGCCACAACCCGGAGAUUGGUUUGUAGCAGCUUAUAUGUCUUAUUGGGACGAAAGAGUACAACAACAGGGGCUUGGACAUAAAUGUCGAUACAGUAUAGGUACGGUAGCUUUAUGGUCGCAAACAAAUAAUAUUAAAAAUAUUCCCAUUAACUAUGAAACGAGAUUACGAACAAGUGCAACGACAACAUAUUACAAAAUAUAUAUUCCAUCGGGAAUACUAAACUUCCGUGUAUCAGUCUGGAAUUGCAGUUUUCUGUUGCAUAGCCUUCAUAAUAUUGAUAAUUCUUGUAUCGAGGCUAUGUACUUGAAAGGACGUAUUUUGCCAGUAUCUGAUCAUUUCCAUUCCAUGAAAUCUAUAACUCUGUCUACAAAUACUAGCUACUCUUUCAUAGAAUCUUCACCUUACGAAGAUAGCUAUUAUUAUUUAUUAAUCAUUUCGAGUAGCGUUAUAGAAUUCAACGUUAAAAUUGAUAUAGCAGAAUUGGAUUUCUACAGCACGAAUGAAUUUUAUCGAAAAAGCAAGCGACAUGAGACUGAUGAACAGUGUGUUCCAAGGUAUCAACUGGCUCGUGUUAAACACACGAAAACAUUUUCAACCGUUUAUCUGUUACAGGACAAAGAGUCGUUAAAUUCAAGGCUAACAUUAACGGAUAUAAUUCCGAUGAUGAUGCAAUUUAACAUUUUGCCAUUGAUAGAUAUCGGUGGCACACUUGAUAUCAAUUUACAUCUGGAAGUACAAAAGUUGUUGUUGAUACAAACAAUUCUGGUAACAAUGUGCAUUCAACGAGGUCGUAUACCCAAAUUAGAAAAUCGCCAUUCUUGUCAAAAUGGAAGUUUGUCGAUAAAUCUGUCAUCAUUGAACAAGCGCAAUGCGAGUUUGUUAAUAGCGUAUCCACAACCAGACACGUGGUAUAUUCUUAUCCUUGCGACAUGUUAUAAUAACAACAAACCUGCGCAUUGUCAAGUCGAAGAAAUAUCAAUGCUAUUUGAUAUACGUACUAAAAAAUGUAUGUUUUCUGACCAAAGUCCGUGUGGUAAUUAUGGGACUUGUCAAGAAAUUCAAAAAGAUGUCAUUCAUUAUGCGACGUGCAACUGUUUCAAAGGUUACACGGGAUGGAAUUGCACCGACAUUUCAAGUACCAUACCCGCUAUUUCUCUUAUAAGCAUCAUAUUGCUCGUCAUAAGCAAUGCCUUUUUUAUGCCAGCCAUAUAUAUAGCCAUGAAACGGAAACUGUAUGUUGAAGGAUUUGUAUACUUGGUCACUAUGCUAUUCUCAUCUUUUUAUCACGCAUGUGAUCAAGAUGGCGCUCGAUUCUGUAUCACAAAAUAUGAGGUCUUACAAUACAGCGACUUUUUUUCAAGUAUUUUAGCGUUUUGGGUAACACUAGUGGCAAUGGCAGAAUUACCAAUCGCUUUUGUACCGUUGUGCCAUAUGAUGGGAGUGUUUGUGAUCACUUUUGGAGUUCAGAUCGACAGGAUGUGUUUGAUUAAUAUACUAAUACCAUUAUCAUUAGGUGUCAUCAUACCGGUUUUUACACAUAUCUAUCGUGCUUUUCUAUCCAGAAAAUGUAAAAAACCUAGUCGAAGAUUACUAUUAGGUUUAUUUCUUGCUAUUACAGGAUUAUUACUGUUCUCUUUCAUCGAAACGGAAAAAAACUAUCAAUAUGUUCAUAGUGUAUGGCACAUUGUCAUGGCGACAUCACUAAUAUUCUUGCUGCCGUCAACAAAAUCGAGACAAACUGCAUCAUUGACAAAUAUCUCCUUUAAUGAUGACAACGAAUUGUGGAAUUGCAAAGAAUCUUACAGAAUUCCUACAUUUAUAAUAAUCGAUCAGGAAAAUCGGACAAUUGCCCCGAGUUGAAUAUCAUAUUUGUGAUCAGUUUCGAAUUUUCUUUCUUUUUCUUCCCGUUUUUUUUUCUUUCUUCUUUUGUACUUUCUUCUUCCUUUCAUUUUAAUAAGAUGUAUUUACAGAAGCUAAAGCACGUUUUAUGUGAACGAAGAAUCUAUUUUAAAUAAACUUUUUAAUUUGUAA